AUGACGCUGACUACGGAGGAUGCGGCGAACGUCUUGCGGCUGCAAUAUGAUUCAAACUUCCAAUGCAUUCCUUGGUCAUCUGUUCCUUUGUCAGCAGCUGUUUUACAACCAAAACUUACGCAUAUAACUUUCACGGCAGGGAUGGUAUUAAAGAAGUUGUUGUGUAUGCGUAAGCACAACUCUCCUGGCAUCGACAACAUUCACCCUAAGUCCCUUGCGGUAAUGGGAGAAAGUUUAGCAGAGCCUCUGGCACGAUUCUUCCAACGCUGCUUCGAUCAGAUGUAUGUACCCGAGAUGUGGAAAUGUGGGAUCAUAACCCCAAUUCACAAGGGCGGUAGCCGUUCUGACCCAGCCAACUACCGUCCUGUAACCCUUCUCCCGGUCCUGUCAAAGGUUAUGGAAGCUAUUGUUGCUGACGUAUUAACAGCCUAUCUAGAAGAGUCUGCCUUCCUUGCACAUGAACAGCAUGGUUUUCGACGGAAUCGAUCGUGCACCACAAAUCUGCUGCUAGCAAGAUCGAGUUGGACCAAAUUAAUUGACAGCGGUGCAGGAGUGGACGUGGUCUACCUAGAUUUCUCAAAGGCCUUCGAUCGACUAGACCAUGGAAUCCUGAGCUGCAAACUUCAGAGCUUCGGCAUUGGUGAUCCGCUCCUAGGAUGGAUCACAAGCUUUCUUCUCCACCGGAGAUUAGAGGUAGAAGUGCGUGGGUCCCUGUCCCACCCAAUCCAAGUCGAACGUGAUGUACCACAAGGAUCGGUACUGGGGCCACGAUCAUUUUUGAUGUAUAUCGACGACAUAGCGGCCCUCAUUCUUUCCAACUGCCUACUCUAUGCCGACGACAUCAAGGUCUGGAGAGCGAUCAAUACACCAGACGACUCCGCAAUACUUCAAGAGGUUCUGGAUAAGGUGUAUGCGUGCUCAGUUCAGAACCAACUCCCACUCAACACAGAAAAGUGCAAAGUAUUACAAUUACGUCACCAAUCAGCAUUUUUCUAUAAACUGGGUGACCAUGUACUUAACACAACUGCUGAGGAAAAGGAUUUAGGAGUCUUGAUUCAGUCCGACCUUGGUUGUUCAGCCCAGGCAAAGAAAGCAUCGAACGCGAGCAUUCGAAGUUUGGGCCUUCCCUGGCGCACAUUUGGACGCUUCGAUCCAUCCGUUUUUCAACAACUUCUAGGCGCAUACAUACGACCACACGUGGAGUAUGCAAUACAAGUCUGGCAGCCGUGGCUGAGGAAAGACCUCUCUGAUUUACAGAAACCUCAACGACGCGCAACGAAGAACGUAAAAGGUUUAGGCCAGUUACGCUACGAAGACAGACUGAGAUUACUCGGGAUAUUCAGUGGUCAAUAUCGACGACUACGGGGAGAUUUGAUUUUGGCUUAUCAGAUUCUGACAGACCCCAAUCAUACCUGCCGCCAUCUGCUGGAGCUCAGUAACAACAAUAAUCUGAGAGGCCAUCAUCUGAAGCUGGCAGUGCAGUACAGCCGUUUGGAAUGUCGACGGAAUUUCUUUUCCGUGCGUGUUUGCCAAGCCUGGAAUGCUCUCCCAGAAUCUGUAGUCAGUGCACCCAACCUGAUCGAGUUCAAAAAUCGAGUUGAUAGUGCACUCACUUCAUUGCACUAUCUCCCAUAG